ACAAAAUUAAAACUUUCCACGAACCAAGUUUAAAUGACAGGAAAAGUGACCAAAACGAAGUCACUAAAAGCGCGAGUAAAUGAAAUCCUGACGGACGCAAUGCUCAAAAAUGAAGUGUCUCAACGUAACCGAUACGCACGUGCCAGAUACCGUCUUAUGCAGAUGGAUAGAAAGAAUUUGGCCAAAGAUCAGGCCCAAAAAGAGGUGAUAAAUCUGGAUACUUCGAAACCCUCGGAUCUUGCUGGGAAAUCCAAAUUUCAUGCGGUUUUAGCUUUUCAAAAGCCAUGCGACCUGGCAAAGUUGGACUCCGAAUUUUCCAUCCAUCCAAAAUCCCAUCAUAACUGCUGGGAAAGGCCAAAACCAGCGACUUUAACUUCCAAGGAGGCAUGUGAUCAGGAGAAUCCACUUAGCCAGGUGGUUGCUGGAGAUCAGGCCCAAAAAGAGGUUACUCCGAAGCUUUCGGAUCUUGCUGGGAAAUCCAAAUUUCAUGCGAUUUUAGCUUUGCAAAAGCCACGUGACCAGGCGAAGUUGGACUCCGAGUUUUCCAUCCAUCUAAAAUCCCAUCAUAACUGCUGGGAAAGACCAAAACGGACACUUUUAACUUCCAAGGAGGCAUGUGGUCAGGAGAAAUCCAUUAGCCAGUCCGAAUCGUCUGACCAUUUUCCAAGUUGCGUAACCAGCCAUGCAUCCUCAUCCUCAUCCUCAUCCUCUAGCCACGUAAAGUCCCAGGAGGAUAACAAAAACAAGGGCAUUUGUCAUUUGUCGCAGAUCAAACUGCUGGCGGGAGCAGGACCAGAGAAACAGGAUGCACAGGUUGCUACGCCAAAAACCGAGCUGUGCACCAGGGUUAUUCAGUUAAUUCCCGACAGCAAGGAGGACUACAUGAAUCAAUGGCUUAUCUCGGCGGCCGGAUUGCCCCCCAAUCAUUCGCCGAAAGAACCUGUGCAACAGGAAGCCAUAGAGUUGCCUUGUGGACACCACCAGUGA